AUGGAUACCCGUGUGUGGGAAAUCUACCUACGAUCUCUGCUUGCCUGCCACAUCACUAAAGACGCUGUGUUGUUAGUUGACAAUCUCGAUUGCCAAGUCUCGGCAGCAUCAGAGGCUAUUGUAACGGAUGAGUUGGGUUGUAAGCUACAGUCACUCCCCAAAAACGCUACCUCGGUGUGCCAGCCGCUAGACGUAGGCAAGACUGCCAAGGACAAGCGCAUCGAGACAAUCAACCGAACCAUCAAGGCGUGGGAGUCGUUCAAGCCAAAAACUAUCAGAUCGGCUUUCAACAAAGCGCUAUUGACUAAUUUUUAG